AUGGACGAAAGCGGAAAAAUUGCGUGUCUAAUCUGUUGCAUUUGCUUCAUUUUGCCAACCAUUCUGAUCCCCAUCGGUUUAUGUCUUCAAAGCAUCAAGCCAAGAUGUUACAUAAAUGACUUUUAUGCUCCUGCCCUCAACACACACAUUCCUUCCAAUGCUACCAGUUCCAACACUUUCAUUUUCUUCGACCUUCAGCUUCGUAAUAUGAUGGAAGAGAACAGCUUACGUUAUGGAGAUCUGAACCUCACCCUCUUCUACGGCCUGGAUGGAAAUAUUCCUGUUGCUAAUUAUACAGUGCCUGGUUUCAAACAGGGUAAGAAGAAUACAAAUGAUUGGAGAGACGUUGUGGAGACUCAUGGACUGCCUUGGGAUGAUGCUAUCAAAGUAGUUUCCAAUGGUUCCAAAGUGGUUUUCAGGGCGGAUUUGGUCGCAGAUGUCAAGUUGAAACAAAUGUUUUGGUCGAAGAAAAAGAAGAUCGUUUUGAAAGCUACCGUCGAAGUCGAUGGUUCUGGUGAGAAAGUCCAUGGGAAACCCAUCAGACUCAAGUCAUUUGCAUAUUAG